AUGGAGAGCAAUAAUCCAAUUUAUCAGUGGCUUUCCACUGUGGAGGACCAGGAACAAAGUCGCCAUCAAGGUGAAGGCAUGUUCUUCCACGCUAACAUAGCUUUAGCUGAGAAUCACGUUCAAGUGAAUGAUACAGCUUUUGCAGCGAGUAUCCCACGAAUCCGCAUCCCACUUGAGAUAUCUGACAGCGCGCUUGGGAAUGGACAUUCGGCUAGCAGGAAAAGAGCUUCGAGUCACCUUGAGGAAACCAAAGCACCGUUCACUCACAAGACCAUACCAGGGAAUGGGAGUCACAAGAAAUCGAGAGAGAGUUACGAGUUAAAACCAAGACACAAGACUCGCGAGGAUCGCUAUGAGUACAAAGGCCUAUCAUCGGCUGUGGAGACCCAGUCGCAGUCUCGCAAAGGGAGAACCAAGAAACCCCGGGGCAGGAGGCACACCAUGAACGAUGACUUCCAUGCCGUCAAUAUCACAGGAAACAGAUUGACCCUGCGCAGCAACACAAACCUGGGUAUCUUCAGCAAGGGACGGUCUUCUUCUACAACGAAUCACCUCGGAAAUACUCCGCCUACUCUUGCAAAACCUGCAGCAACCAUCAACCUACAUAAUUUUGCCGCACAAUCUGAUCUUGCCUUUUCUGAGAUGAACUUUCUGUCCCGGAGGAAUAAUCUCAGCCCGUAUCCCACAUCGACCGCUAGGGACACUCUGGAUGGACAGUAUGAAGAGUACCAUCCACAAGCGCUGCAGUUCGAUGAUACUGAAAAUAAUACCAAACUCGACAUGUCCCACUCAAACAACAAGUUGCUUGGUGUGAAACGCCAACUUGGCGCCUCACUCACGCCGUUGUUCACGUUUGGUAAAGCGCCCACCAGCGAGAUUUCCACAGUUUCCAACCACUCUCGCAGUGCUUCCCCCGUAUUUCACAGUAAACGAAGGAAGGUAACAAAGGAAUUAUGGUCUAUUCCAUACACUUGGACGGAAACUGAGAUCGACACGGAACAAAGUGAUGCUCUCGAACAACACCUGCUGAACCUGCUGCAUGUCGGAGUAUACCCCCAAGCGCUAUGCUCUGAGAUCAGAGACAAUGUUUUGGUCAGACGGUAUUGGAGUCUUGCUGAAUUAUGGAAACUGUUGGAGGAGAGAAAGGCAGCAUGGUCAAACGAAGCCGGCAACAAAAAGCGAGCUUCGCACGACGCCAACAUGAGACAGCCAGCUGCAGCCGAAGCUGCUCCACGGGAGAUUUCCGAGAUCAAUGCACCAGACCAUUUGGAAACCGUCAAUGUCGGUAGUGUGGAAAAUAAGAUGUCCAAACAAUCCCCGGAUUCGAACAUCGCUUGUGAAACUGCUCGAAGUGUGAACGACGAUCCACCCGAACAACCUUCCAUCCUCGAGCAACAGCAAGACGGACCACUUCAAACUUCAGAAGAACAGGGUUGUGUAAAUUUCGAGGCUGCCAGGAUAUCAAACAGCCCAAAUCGUUUCAUGGAAAACUUGAACGAAGAUCAGUGGGAGCUCUUUCCUCAGGAAUCGGCAGAGGAUGCAGUCAUUUUUCCUGCAUCCGUACUAGAGGUCAAACAGCCCCAUAUGUCUGACUCUGAGUUCUAUGAGCUGGGUCCACUCGAUGAUGAUGCGUUCUAUCGCACAUUAGAUGCUGCUUACCGUGCCAUUGUGCGCCCUGAAAUUGCGGCGGAAGUUGCAUCAAACUUACAGCAGUUACUUGACUCCCCUGAACUAAAUGGCAAUGAGCUUCCGGAUAGUCCACAGUCCGACAUUCCUACCCGACAGGUAGAGAUGCGGGACUCAGAGCAUUUAGCAACGGCCUCCCGAGACAUCAUACAAGACCGGUAUGACGAAAGACCACCUGAGCCUUUUUUCCAACACGGACUACCCACGAGUCAUUCGAACGAUCCUUUUAUUGGUCAGAACAAUGAUUUGCCAUGGCUGACUGGAUACGGCCGGUCACAACCUCGCGCGCCAACUGAAAUCAACACGCGACAGAAUCAGCCUGCAGGAUUAUCCGAUUUCUGGCGACAGAAUAAACUCUAUUGA